AGAGGAGUCGUCGAAUGUUAAAACAGUUCCUUUCCCUUUGUUUUUGUCGAGAUUAAACAGAUUUGCGUGUAGUGAUUUGUGCGCAAUUACAGUUUUGACGUGCUAAAAUGCAUGAAAGCGAGGGUCAUGAAGCUGAAGAGUAUGUAGGACUUGCUGAUUUUAUGGCUGAAGGAGAUGAGCAGCUUAGUUUCUCAGUUGGCGAUAAACUGCUGGUCCAUGAGAGGAGUUCAGACGUGUGGUGGUGGGCUGAACUGCAGGGUAUGUUUGGUUAUGUCCCAUCCAGCUAUUUGCACAAAAGAGUGGAUGUUGAAGAUGCUUGGCAAGAUGACGAAUACUUUGGCGAUUAUGGGACAUUAAGGCUUCACCUGGAGAUGCUGUCAGAUAAACCCCGCACAGAUACAUACAGGCAGGUGAUCCUGAGUAAUAGUGCAUCCCUGAGGGGGAAGGUGGUCAUGGAUUUGGGCUGUGGGACAGGCGUUAUCAGCCUCUUCUGUGCUCUUCUAGCACAACCUGCAGCGGUGAGUCAAACAAAAUAUUUGCAGAAUGCUUUAAUAAAGCCUUCUGAAGCAAAGUGAUGUGUUUUUGUAAGA